AUGGAACAGGAGGGAACAUUAGAAAAGAAUAUAUUUCAUGAGGAAGAGAGGAAGUUGAUUAUGAAUGAAUCCACAUGUUACAUAGUUACACCUUAUCUCAAAGAAACUGGUAUGUAUUCUCCGUGCAUGAACAGUUCUGAAACAAAUGGGAAUGACAAUAAUGAUGCAGUUUUUGCAGAACAUGGCAUAGUACAUUCCUUUAAUGGUUUCAAUGUAUUCAAUUACACUGAUAUGGAUAUUAGUGAGGAAUUGUUUACGCUGUUCAGUAAGGGCAUGAAAUUUAUACCUAAUAUAGGCUUUAAUGUAGUAGAUAUUAUUAAAGAAAUUAAAUUAUACUGCAGAAGGCUGAAUUUAGCCAUCCAAUUUGGGCAAAAUGAUGUGAAUGUGAAAUCAACAGGACGUAAGGACCUUAUUAAAAAAAGUACAUAUAUUCCAGUUUCCAACCCACAGGUGGCAAAUUUUGAAAAAAUGGGACAGCCUGCUGCCAGAACACCCCAGGAGUUUACUCUUCAGGAAUCACCUGAAGUUUCUGAGUCCUCGCCAGAGUUUCCCCAUGAGAGGGCUCCUUGGAAGCAUAUGUGCAAGAGGAGGCACUUAGAUUCUCCAAGAGAGUCUCUCACUGAUGAUACAGACUUAGAUAAAGGGGAGGGUUCCCCUUGGUUACCCCCUGAUGAUGUCUCCUGUGGAGACAUCAUGGAAGUCCUGCACCAGAGAGGAGGGUGGUCUACCCUCAAGCCCAACCCCAAUGAGUCUGUAUUUCUGAAUGUGUUUCUCACAAGAGCUUCUACUUCUUGGGUGUCACCCUCUGCAUACCCCUUGGUGGAUCUUAUUUCUAGUAGGGCAUGGAAGGAACCGGAUGUGAUUGAGCCCAUGCCUAAGCACCCUGACAAGGUUCUCAGUGCUCCAUCGAACAGGCCCCAUUGGUCAAAGGAUUCCCCAGUCGAUGCCAUGGUGGUUGCAUCAGUCACCAAGAAGGAGCUGGCCCAGGAGAGCUCCUCGGUCCAUCCUCCAGACAGGGAGUCUAGGGCGAUGGACCACUUUGGGAAGCAGGCAUAUGCUUCAGCCACCUUUGCUCUGCUUGCACUGAAAUAUUUGGCACAUAUUAUUAGACUGAAGAAGGACCUGAUUAAGCAGUAUUUCUACUACUGCCUGUAUCACAAGGGAAGUGAUAGGGAAAAUGAACAGAAAGACUUCAAGGAUCUUGACUUCCAUUCUGAUGUGUCUGAUAAGGAAAGUGAGCAUGGUGAUGAAGAGUCAGAUGAUGAGGACACUGGCUGUAACAUCUCUGAAAGACAAGGUGUGCCAGGCGCUGGUAGUCUUGGUGAGAGUGAUGAGGACACUUCUGAAAGACAAGAGAAAUCCUAUGUGGACCCAGAGGCAGUUGACUUUGUAAAGGAAAGUACUUAUAUGGAAGAAGUUCAUGAAGAAAUGAAAAAGCAUGAUGAAGCAAAUGAGACUAAAACUGUCUGUGAGGAUGUCAAAACUGUGGCGUGGUCACUUGCAAAGCAAAUCAAGCCUGGUACAAAUCUGUCCGACAUUAUACUUCCCACAUUCCUCUUGGAACCUCGUUCAUGCUUAGAUGUAAUGUCUGACUGUUAUCAUAUUGACCUUCUUUCAAAGGCUGCACUGGAACAGAAUCCAUACUAUCGCAUCAAAAUGGUGGUAAGGUGGUAUCUUUCUGGGUUCUAUCUAAGGAAUCAGAGUUUGAGAAAACCGUAUAAUCCAGUACUUGGUGAAACUUUCCGAUGUAUGUGGAUCCAUCCAGAAACCAAAAGCAAGACUUUCUAUAUAGCAGAACAGGUAUCUCAUCACCCCGAUGUUUCUGCUUUCUUUGUGAGUAACAGAAAAGAUGGCUUUUGUCUCAGUGGCAGCUUCCAUAUCAAAUUAAGAUUUCAUGGUCCUUCCAUAUCUACUGUGUUGGACGGCAGUGUUAAACUUACCUUCUUAGCUCACAAAGAAGUUUACGUCUUGUCAUUACCAAAUGUAUAUUGUAAAGGUAUUUUAUCUGGCACACUGACUUCAGAAUUUGGUGGCACAGCAGCAAUUACAUGUGAGAAAUCUGGUUACAGUGCAAACCUGGAAUUCAAACUGAAGCCAUUGAUAGGUGGCAGUCUCAAUCAAGUAGUGGGGAAGAUCAAAAUGAGAAGCGAAGUCUUGUCUACAGUGAAAGGUCACUGGGACAGAGAGGUAAUCGUCCGAGACAAAAAGACUGGCAGUGUUGAAACAUUAUGGAAAAUAUCACCUGAAACAAAACAGCAGAGGCUAAAAAGGUAUACAGUACAGCCUGAUGAACUGGAAGAAUUUGAGUCACAGAGAUACUGGCAUGAGAUGACUGAAGCUGUACUCCACAAAGAUGAUAAAAAGGCUGCCAAUGUGCAAUUCUUGAUUGCGGAACAACAGAAAAAAGCUGCUAGCGAGAGGAAGGCUAAACAUGAAGAAUGGGUUUGCAGACUUUUUAAGAAGGAUCUGACCACUGCGGAGUGGUGCUAUAAGUAUGCUGAUUUCAGGCCAUGGGAUCCACUUUGUGAUUUAAUGCAGUUUGAAAAAGAUGGUAUUAUCCAGACCAGAGUCAAACAUCUGACUCCAGUGGGUGGUCCUCCAAAAAUUGAGAAAAAAUAUAGUUACAAACAGAAGUGCAAAAUGAGUGACCACUCAUUUCCAAAACAUGGCCUUCAAGAUGCUUCUGGUAGUGAAGAGCAUAAACGUGAUCCUAGACCUAGUCUGAACUUACUGAACCACAGCUAG